AUGAUUAAUAUAUUUCUUUUAAUUAUUUCAUCUAUACCUUUGUCUCUAGCAUUAAACCAAGAAGGGAUGAAAUUUUGUAAUUUUCCAACGCCUACAAGUACAAAUGUAACAAAGAAGACUUUACAUAUAUUUAAAGACACUGAUUUUGGAAUGCAACGAAUUAUUUUUGAUGGCAAGCCAAAUACUUGCCGUCCAGAUAUUCCUGGAUGGAACAACGAUUGGGACCAUGCAAUAAUCAUUGAAGAUGGAAAUACUAUAAGUAAUCUUAUUUUGGGGGAAUCUCCAAUCGGUACUUCUUCUGAUAUUGUUUGUAAGGGUAGUUGUACUCUUAAAAAUGUCUUCUUUGAAAAUGUUUGCUGGCGUGCUGGUAGCUUUAUAGGUGCAUCAGGCGCAAAGCCUGGAGAUACAAGAAAAUAUACUUAUAUAGUAGACGGUGGUGGUGCUUUAGACGGUUUUCAGAAAAUUUUUACCACAGGAGGAAACGGACAGACAAUUGUUAGAAAUUUUUGUUCUUAUAAUAACACAAUGGGUGUAAUAUCUGCUGGCAUGAGUAAGGUUCAAUAUACAAGAGACGUUACCAUUGAAAACUCAAAAUUCAUGGGACCAAUGCUUACUAUAAUUGAUGGAAACCGUCAAUACAACGAUAAAUUACAUCUUAAAAAUGUGCAAAUUUAUGGUAACAACAACCCUGCAACUAAAAUUUCUUUUGUAUGUUCCGAGUACCUUGGGGAAAAUGCUCCUGAUUCAAAUCGUUGGAAAUAUGCUUACAAACCAGGAGAAGCUGGAACAAGUGAUAAAUGCUGCAAUUAUCCCGCUACAGCCGUGAAAAUAAUUAACUGA